AUGGCUGCUCCCUCCGCCGAUCAAGACUACAAGACCAAUCUUCUUUCGCUACUGAUAGCCAACAAUGCGCUUGCUUUUGGAACCUUUACACUGAAAUCCGGUCGCCAGUCGCCAUACUUUUUGACCUCGAGCCGUCUUUAUACUGCGCCUCUGUUGCGCCAGGUGUCGGCCGCGUUCGCAAACACCAUCUCGUCCCCGCCUUUUGUGAAUAUAGCUGCGGACGGCAGCAUCACUCCAGAAUUCGACAUUGUUUUUGGCCCCGCCUACAAAGGAAUCCCCGAAUGUGUCGGUGUCGUCAACGAACUCGCUACCCGGGACGCUCUCGCCGGCACAAAGACAUGGGACAACAUCAGCUACUCCUUUAAUCGGAAAGAAGCCAAAGAUCACGGCGAGGGCGGCAACAUCGUCGGCGCACCUCUCAAAGGCAAACGUGUCUUAAUCGUUGACGACGUCAUCACCGCUGGUACCGCACUGCGCGAAGCUGUCGGCAUUAUUCAGAAGGAAGGCGGAACCGUUGCCGGUGUUGUGCUGCUGUUUGAUCGCCAGGAACGAGUCAGCGAUACGGAGCAAAAGAGUGCCAUUGGAGCUGCAGAAAGGGAUCUCGGGGGCAACAUUCCAAUCCGAGCAGUGCUGGUGUUCCAGGAUUUGAUUGAUAAGCUUGGAGAGAAGAUUGGGCAGGAGGAAGUGCGCAGGUUGGAAGAGUACCGAAACAAGUACAAGGCCCAAUAA